CAACCGUGCUGACGUUAAAAUAAGGAAGUACACAAAAGUCCAAAGUAGCUUCACGUCGCAGCUGUUCUGCUUCAAAAUGUCGGUUUCAAACCCCCGACAGACGUUUUUAAACCCGGUGAUCCCCUUCUCCGGGACGAUCCUGGGCGGUCUGCUGCCGGGGGAGAUGGUUCUGAUCCAGGGCUCGGUGCCGUCUGAUGCCGACAGGUUCCAGGUGGACUUCACGUGUGGCAGCAGCCUGACGCCGCGGGCCGACGUGGCGUUUCACUUCAACCCGCGGUUCAAGCGGUCGCCGUGCAUCAUCUGCAACUCGCUGCAGGGGGAGCGCUGGGGCCGGGAGGAGACGCUGUACGUGAAGCCGUUCUCUGUCGGGGAGACGUUCGAGCUCGUCGUGCUCGUCCUGCCUGACAAGUUUAAAGUGGCGGUGAACGGAGGUCACGUGUUGGAGUACGAACACAGGUUGGAGCUGGAGCGGGUCGACACGCUAUCCGUAUCCGGAAAGGUCAAAGUUCAAGCUGUGGGCGUCCUCCCGAGUGCCAGUGAAGUUUCUGCUGCGGCCGCUCCGACCAAUCAGGAAGCACCAGAGAGGAAACUUCAUCACACGCCAAUAAUUUCACCUUCAGGCGACCUGAGCGUUCCCUUCAGAGGCGAGCUGGUGAAAGGCCUGAGUGUCGGGCGCAGCAUCACAGUGAGAGGAGAAACCCGACGUAACGCACAGAAUUUUGUUGUGAACCUGCGAGUGUCCGGCGGCAGCGACAUCGCUCUUCAUCUGAACCCUCGUCUGAAGAAAGAGGUCUUCGUCAGAAACUCCUUCCUGUCUGAGUGCUGGGGCCCCGAGGAGAGACAUCUGGCCUCCCCCUGCCCCUUCAGUGCGGGACAAUACUUUGAGAUGAUCAUCCUGUGCGACUCGCAGCAGUUCAGAGUCGCCGUCAACGGGCUCCACCAGCUGGACUACAAACACCGCGUCCAGGACCUGAGCCGCGUCGCGCAGCUGGAGGUUCUGGGAGACGUCACGCUGCAGGACGUCAACAUCCUCUGAACGCUCUGCAGCAAAAUCUAUAUACUUCUAAAAGUUCUUUUCUAAUCAAGACGCUAACGAACAGAAAUAACUGGUGAACGUUUGUUUAACUCGUUCCUGUUGAUGCACUUUGACCAGAUCAAAUAAACUAACCAUGUAAACAUUUUAGACUUCUAUCUGUGAAUCACCCCCCACCCAUACAAUGUAAACACAUAAGGGACAUUCAUGUUUGUUUAAAGUAUGUAUGACUUGUACAAACAUGUUUAUAAGAUGUAAGUAUUUUAUUUGAUGUUUGAGUUUCCCCCACGAGGACGUCCUCGUUGCUGGUGAACAUCACUUAUUCCGCCGUGUGCGAUGCUAACAUCUGAAUGACACUUUACAUAAAACACGAGUUGUCCCGACUCUGCUUUAAUAAAUAAGUGAAGGUCUCCUCACAUUUGGUAC